AUGAUCUUUCGAAGCAUUACUGCUUUGAAGUAUUACAUACAGACUGGGUUGGACUCAUUGGAAGAUUCUAGGAAAAUAUUACUCGAUAGACUUCUGGAAAUUGAUCAGACCAUGGAAAGUCCAAGAGAGGAGGACAUUGAACGUGUGAGAUACUGUCCAAACUGCCAACCCAAUGGGGAAGGUCUCACUUGUGUUCAUUGUGAACUAGAUGAAUUAUUUCAGGCCUAUGAGGCGAGGCUAUUUCGUCUUAACAAGGGACAAGAUGGAGGGCUUAUUACAUCUGCUGAGGAGGCAGUGGACUUGCAAAAGAAGAAGUCUGCUCUAAACCGUUUUUAUUGGACAUUGUCCCGUGAUAAGAAUUCAUCUUCAUCAAGUGCCAAAUAUGAAGAUAAUGGAGGGAAGAGGGAUGCUGGGGAAAAAGUAUUGGGCAUGCGGAAGGAGUAUGCACAAGCAAGGUCCUUAGCAAUUGCUCAGGCUCAGAUUGCGCUUAAGGAGAAUGAUGAUGAUAAAUCUAUUGAUGCCUUAAGUCUGGGAGAAUUGGAGGCAGCUAGUGUCGAAAAUUCUAGUGAAAAGUUCCUGGCCUUGAACUCAUUAUCACGUAUAAAAGGACAACUUCGAUAUCUGAAG